AUGGAGUCGAAGCAAGAGCUGUAUCCAAGGCGGAGUCUCAAGGAGAUAAGCAAGACGCUAAUGGUCAUCCCACUCAGCGAUAAUACACCGAUGAACGAUGCCUCUGACGAGGGCGAUUCGAAUACACAGGGGUCGAGGACUCGUUCUUCUCCUGGCCUACAGCCAUCCCGACCUGCCUCAAACACCGGACCUAGCGCCCGAAAGUUGCUCGACGGGCUAGGCUAUCUAAAUCACAACGCCGACAACCUGCUUGGAUAUCUAGAAACCGUCAAUACCCACCUACACGACGAAUCCGACCCACGGCUCGAUAGUCCCAAAAGCGUGCUGGUGACGCCCGAAUUGACCGCGCUGCUCAAGAAGAUACCAGAGCGUUCCGUGACGGAUAUCCUCAUACAGCACUUCUUUGGUGAAGCGAAUUGGAUCUACGAACUGGUCUACUUAACCACGUUCCUUGACCGCUACAAUGAAUGGUGGUCUCGUCCCUACCAAAGUGUGGAUAAUCUGGAGUUUGCCGUGUUGCUUCUUCGUCUUUGCUCCUACAGCGCCCAGUUCCUUCCUUCGCAAAACUACACGGCGGACACAAUCUUAGGGAAGUCUUUGUGCACCAUCCGUGAACAAUGCGAUGCCACGGCUAUCGCUCUUAGUCAAUCACCUACAAUGAAGGCAAACCCGCCUUCGAUUCUUAGAGUUCACGAACUGUUCUUCCGCGCAUGCUAUCUGAAAAAUGAAGGACGGAUGAAGGAGAGUUGGGAUGUAUUGAGCGAAGCUAUACGGGAAGCGCAUGAGCUAGGACUACACGUGGAACUACCAAAGGGGAGUGGGAGCCUUACGAGUGAAAACGAGGUUGAGAUGGGAAAGAGAACCUAUUGGAAUCUAUUCAUGUCCGUUAUACUGGGCAGGUGGCCUCUGAUCCCCGAGCGACACUGUACUGUCUCCCUUCCUAACGGUGUCAUUGGCUCUCAGAUCUCGGACGUCAACGCGCCGAAUGUAUUUUGCGAGCGCAGACUUCAGAUUGAGCUUACAAAGAUCGCCUUCGAUCUGCUUACAUCGAAUCAUGGGAAACCGUCAACAGAUCCUGUCAUCAUCGACAAACAUAUUAGACGACUACAGGGAGAAAUCAUUGAAAAACUACCGCCUGCGUUCAAACUCCAUGCCGCUUAUGAAAAGUGGGACGAUGAACUUCCCAACCUGAAACGGCAGAGGAAGAUGUUCAGAAUUAGCGUCUUUGCGACCAUGUGCUCGCUGCUGAGACCCGUUAUCCUUCAGUCGCUAGACCAGACGCGGACUUGGUCCCCGUCCGAUAGAAAAUUAGUAGCCGAACACAGAGCAUCUCUACUUGAUGUGACUAUAGAGAUGCUGGAAAGUGUUGGAAGGUUGCACACGCUCAUGGGAGGCAAGCAUAAUCGAUUUUUCCUACUAAGCUUUUUUACGCUGGAGCCGGCAGUCCUACUGGGGUGUGCCUUAUGA